AUGGCAGCCUCGCAGCCGGCUGCACGCUCUCGGCCUUACGGCGCCCCCAGAAGCCACGCCGGCCCGCAGGAGACCAACUCAGACCCUUACCCAGCCACCAGCCACCAUGGCAGCAGCAGGCACCGCGGCUUCACGCUGUCAAUGAUCUUGACGUCCUUAAUCCGCGCCACCUGCUCCGCGCGCGGUGAGACGCGCGUGGAGAUGACGCACAAGGCUCUGCCUCCCACCCGGGCUCUGGGGGCGGGGCUACAUCAGCGAGAGGACGCUGUACCUGAGCUGGCGAAGGCGGAUCGCGUUAGCGAGUGCCCGAGCCUGCUGGGCGGACUCUACCCUGCCGUGGGUUCCCCCGAGGAGUGGCGACUGUUGGACCCAGCACAGAAUGGCUGUACAGAGGGCCCUCAGCUGUAUUACAAUGCUAACCUGAUAGCAUCUCCUGGCCGCAAUGAGCAGAAGCAUGGACGUUGCAGACCCUUUCAGAUAAAGUCUGAGAUUCUAAUGAUCGGGGAGAAUAGCAUCAGGAAAGCAAGGGUUUCUCUGUAUAGCCUUGGCUGUCCUGGAACUCAAAGACGUGUGCCUGGCUUCACAAGUAAUUUUGAUGGAAGAAAUCCUAGGGGUUUUCAUGUAUAUAGGCAAUCAUUCCUUCAUUUUAAAUGUGAGGAAACUCUUAAUAGAAUAAAAUACAGAGAGAGCAAUGAAUCUGUAAGAAAAAUUGACAUCUAUAAAAAAUAAAAUGAACAAAAAU